AUGAGCCGAGAAAAACGGGAAGCGGAUUAUCCAGUAGAAUUAGAAUCACAGUUUAUUAUGAGGAUGCCUGAAGAACCUGGAAAAGUUUUAGGCGAGUUAAUAAAAUCAGGAGAAAAUUUUAAAAAUAGGCUUUCAAUUCAUAUCCAUGAUGAUAUGCGACAUGGAGAGGUUAGACUUGAUCAUUGGUUGUUAUAUGCUAAAAUAGUAGAUUUACCUACAAUAGUUGAAUCAUGGAAAAGUAUAGAUAGAAAAAGCCUAUAUAAAUGUGCUGAUAUCUGUCAAAUGAUGCUGUGUAAAGAGGAAUUAGACCCUAUUACAGAAGAUGAAUUACCCACAAAAAAUAAAAAAAAGGAUCCUCUAAAAGUAGAUAAAAAAUAUUUGUGGCCUCAUGGCAUAACUCCUCCAACAAAAAAUGUUAGAAAACGAAGAUUCAGAAAGACAUUAAGGAAAAAAUGUACUGAGGCACCUGAAAUAGAAAAGGAAGUAAAGAGGUUGUUAAGAGCUGAUAAUGAAGCAGUUAGCGUUACAUGGGAGGUUGUUAAAGAGGACGAGGGAAAUACUUCUAAAAAUGAAGCAAGUGGACCAUCCCAGAAAGUAAAAAUUAAAAAAGAAUCUACAAAAGCAAUUCCAAGUGUACCAAAUCAAUCUUCUAAAGUAGAAGACAUAUUUGGAGGUGCUCUCAGCGACAGUGACAUAGAAGAUGACAACGUAAACAUUGAUAUAGAUGAUAGUAGAUUAUCUGCAUAUGAUGAGCCAUUAUCUGACACUAAUUCCUUACAUGUGGGAGAAAGUAUGAAAGCAACUCAUUUAGUAACAGAAUUUAAAUCUGAAAUGUUUGACUGUUCUUUAAAGAAAUCAGUAACUCAUAAAAGUAGUGCUUUAAAUGAAAAAGGUACUGGCAGUAGUUAUCAAGUUGAUAUGAUUAAGCAUCAAAGCUUCAGUGGUUUUAAUGAUUCAUCAAGAUUACAGGAACUUGUAACUGAAUUAGAGGAGUUAAAACAACGUAAACAAAGGACUCAAGUUGAAAUAUUUGGAAUAGAAAAUAUGACUUUAAAACAAAGAUUUCAAGAUAUAUUAAAAUCACUCAAUAAAGAUAUAGUGAUAAAGGAAAUGGAAUAUCAAAAUCUGAAAUCACAGUUAAAA